AGAGAGUGUGUUGGGUAAAGUAGGAAGAGAGAGAGAGAGAGAGUAAAGUAGGCGGGAGGGAUCUUGGCAGAGAUGGCGAGAAAGAGGUGUUAGGAGUUGGGGCUUGGCAACCAGGCAUCAUUUCUCAGAGAGAAAAAGCAGCUUUUGGUACCGUUUUGGUUGAGACAGAGUGAAACUGAACACUAUUUUAGAGAGAGAAAAACUUGUUGGCCUUAUCGCAGGAGGGGUUUAUCUGUACUAUUUUCAGAGGAAUGUCCGCAUAAAGCUGGUCUUGUUCAGCUGUGCAUGUGAUGGUUACAAAUGGAAGAGUGCAUUUUCACUGAAAAAUUCAUUUGUUCCAGCUAUAUAUAGGUGAAGAUAUGGAAUAUCUGGCACUUGACUCUGACUCAGACUUCCUCAUGGAAUCCUAUUCAUCUCUGGAUCUGAAUGGAUUAGGAAAAGGGUUCUCUGAAUGCCCACGUGUACUUUCAGUUCUCUCAUCAGUUCUCGAGGGAACUGUUCUAAAGAAUGCGAUAGCCUUGGAUGUAACAAAGAAGCAAAAGAGGCUCACAAUUUUUGAUGGGUUAAGACCACCCAGUCUGUGCAUCCGGCAAUAUCUUGAGCGCAUAUUCGAAUACUCAAGUUGUAGCCCCUCAUGCUUCAUCCUGGCAUACAUAUACAUGGACCGGUUCAUUCAUCAACAACCUGAAGUGCCUCUCACUUCCCUCAAUGUUCAUCGGCUUUUGAUAACGAGUGUGAUGGUGGCAGCAAAAUUCAUUGACGAUGCGUUCUUUGAUAAUGCAUACUAUGCCAAAGUUGGAGGAGUGAGUACGACUGAAAUAAACAGAUUGGAGUUAGAGCUGUUGUUCACUCUAGAUUUCAGACUGCAAGUCUCGAUCGUGGCAUUUCAAACAUGCUGUGCCCACUUGGAAAAAGAGGCUGGAGGAUACCAAAUAGAGCGCCCCCCAGUAAAACUCUGUAAAUUGAGAGGGGUAGCAGCAAGGAAAAAGGAAGACCCAAAUGAUCAUGCACUAGUUCGAAUUAACCGAUGCAAUGCAGUAUGAUAUAUUUAAGUGAACAAAUGGAUGAG